AAACGCCCGCCGAAGCGCGCAAAUAAGCGCGCAAAGUGCGCAUAUUACUUAGUACACACCAUAACAGCUGUCUAAGCUGAAUCAUUGGGGCUUCUGCCUUCUAGUCAUAUCCCUCCAUGGCGAAAGGAAAAUCUGGGGGGGGUGUGCAAAACAGGGCCAUCUACUCGCGCAUUUCUUUUCUUCAGCAGGCCGCCGUUACUCUCUCAUCAAUUGCGCGCCCGCCUACUAUCUCUAGCAGUGCCAAUGCUACGGACACUACUAUCUCUGUUCCUGACCGAUCUACGGGCUCCGGGGAUACGGGGCCUCUGUCGGCUCCGCUGGAGGCAAUGAGCCGGCGGCUGGCAACAGACUUGCGCGCUGUGUCCCUGAAGACAAGGAUCCGUCUCAAGCCGGCCGUGAAGCAGACCAUUUGCAAGUUCUGCGACUCAGUUCUCAAUGAAGGCACAUCUUGUACAUCAACCAUCGAGAAUAGGAGCAAAGGGGCCAGAAAACCAUGGGCUGAUGUUCUUGUUCGCAAGUGCCACACCUGUGGACGGGAGAAGCGGUAUCCGGUCACUGCGGCGAGGCCAAAGCGGAAGACGGCGAGAGAAUCGGAGGACGUUGGAGGUCGCCCGAGGGAACAGAACCAAAAGGCUUGAGGCCGUCUCGAAACAUCAAGUCUUCAGUUCUCACGUACUCGAGCUCAGAUCCGAAAAGCCAACAAGGUUCCAAUUCGCAAUACACUGAGCCGCGGUCGAAACCGACAUUUCUAUACCCGGCUUGGACUUUUAUCGACAAGCAGUGUCCUGAACCACUAGAUUCUGAUUCCGAGCCAUCGAGGGAUGGGCCAGCAAGCGACCAAGCGGCCCUGGUCCUCCUGGCUGAUGCCGGGCCACCGGUGAAGCCAGUGCUAGAGUCACCGUGGGUUUGGUGACGAGCCGGCAACCAUGGGAUCAUCUUCUUCUUGUUAACAGGCUCUAGACGGAAUCGUGUGCCAGAACGAUCCUACCGCCGAGCUAUCGCUACUCUAGUGGACGGGUAUUGCCAUCCUUAGCGCACCAAGACCCGGCUCAUCCCGGUGCAACGG